GGGGGAGUGGAUUUGUUAUCAGCAGCUUUACAUGAUCUGGUCAAAGUGCAUCCUGCAUGUCGAGGUUGCCUGAACUGGUGAAUCAGCAUCCAUUCAAAUUUACUUUGGAAUAAAGUCUAAUAAGGUUGCAGGAAUGACUAAAGAAAAAACUAAGUGGAAGGAGUUUUUAGAGGCAAUAAGUGUUCUGCAAUUGGUACUGAGCUUUCUCUUCUUAGGAGUGGCUUGUUAUAUCUUGAUCGUGUAUCUUAUGUUUACCUCGUUGUGGCCGCUCUCUGCUCUGUACUUCAUAUGGCUGGUGAUGGACUGGCACACUCCUGAAAGAGGGGGCAGGAGAUCAUUAUCUGUGAGGAAGUGGAGGGUAUGGGGGCACUUCAGAGACUUUUUUCCCAUCAAAUUGGUGAAGACAGCUGAGCUGAAUCCAAACAAAAACUACAUCUUCGGCUGUCAUCCACAUGGUAUCAUGAGCACCGGAGCCUUUGCCUGUUUCAGCACAGAGAGCUGUGGCUUCGCCGAGGCGUUUCCGGGGGUGAAACCCACCCUGGCGAUACUGGCCGGGCUCUUCAGGAUACCACUCUUUAGGGAUUACAUUAUGAAAGCAGGCCUUUGUCCGGUCAGUAGACCAAGCCUUGUCCACCUCCUUUCCAAAAACGGCAAGGGAAAUGCAGUGGUGAUUGUGAUAGGGGGAGCUGCUGAGUCUCUGGCAUCCGCUCCUGGAGUUAACACAGUGGUUGUGAAGCACAGAAAGGGAUUUGUCAGGUUGGCCCUUGAGUUUGGAGCUGAUCUGGUGCCUGUUUACUCAUUCGGGGAGAAUGAGCUCUUUAAGCAGGUGAUUUUCUCAGAGGGCAGUCUGAGUCGCAAGUUACAAGACCUGUUUAAAAACAUUAUGGGUUUCGCCCCGUGUCUGUUUGUUGGUGAGUGCUUGGCAUUCCUGCCCUACAGGACUCCAAUUACUACUGUUGUGGGAAGUCCCAUCUCAGUCCCACAACGAGUCACACCUACCGAGGAAGAGGUUGACCAUUAUCAUAGACUUUACAUGGAGGGCCUGUCCAAGUUAUUCCAUGAACACAAGGUCAGCUGUGGACUUCCUGAAAGUCACAAGCUUCGGAUCAUUUAG